UUAAUUUGUUUCUUUUUUUUUUAAAUAUCACAUUUAUUAACAUAGUUCACUUUUUUAAAAAAUUUAUGGGUGUUUUCUUGAUUGUUGUAUAUGUUGUUUUGGGUCGUGUUUUGGGCAAUGACUGAUUGUUUUGUCUGGCCUCUGUUCAUUUCUAUUGGGUUUGACUGCCGUGUAGUAAUGGUAGGAUAAUGAAAAAGAGGAGAGCUUGUUUAUGGUUAUGGGUGAUUUUGAUGUCAAAAGAUUGUGCGAGUAAAAUAAGGUGCCUUGUCUUCAUUUUAUUAUCUUCACUAUGAAAAUGACUCUUGAUAUUUGAUAUUGUAGCGCCUUUUCUGGUCGAAGCUCUGACUUGCAAUUUUUUUGGGCUUUUCCUGGCCGAAAACAAUUUAUGGACUCUUAACUUAUGUUUUUUUUUUUCCUUAACGGAGUAACAUCUUAGGUCAAGUUGGAUGUUGAUCAGAGAAAAAAAUUUCCAUGUAGAUUUGUGUUCAUUUCUGCAUACAAGUUCUCCUUGUAUCUGAAUCUUAUUGGCAUUUGUAUGUUCUUUCAUUAUGCUUUACUUGCUACUAUUUUACGCAAUAGAAACGAAAUUUAGCAUUUGGACAAUAUAUUCUUUUCCAAUGAAGAGGAUCAUAGGAUUCUAUCUCAUUUUUAUUGUGAAACUCUUAUCUAAGCCUGAGUUUAGGGACCCUUCUGGGGGAGUGGAAAAGCAACCUGAAAGCUCAAAUCCUUCAUCAGAGCGAGCAAAAUUGCAAUCUGAGAAAUCAAAUCCUCCCUUGGAGGCAAUAGAACGACAGCCUAAAACACAAACAAAUUCUGCCGAUUUAUCUUCAGUUACAAAGGCAAAGAAACGCAUUGCUCUUGCUAUGGUUAGGAGGUCCCAACGUCUUCAAGAUGCAGCUACUCCUUCUCAAGACAAGGAUAUCGAGCAUAUAAUUGAAGAGAUAACAAUGAGUGAAAGUGAGAAGGAUGAGGAGCCACUUAAUCUUGGGGAGGGGAAACUACCAGAGCCAAUGUUGAUCCGAAAGAGCUUGGAAGAAAAAGUUGAUUAUCUUUUAAAGCAACUUGAAGAACAAGAAAAGGCCAUAAAAGCAUUAAAAUUGAAGAUUACAAGGGACUCUUCCCCAACUCCUACUGGAAACCCUACAGCAGCAGAUGUCAGAUAUAGAAACUUGUAUUUUGACUCCCAAAAGAAGAUUGAAGCCCUGAUAGAUGAAAAUCACCACGUUGCUCUCAAGUUGGAGCGUGCUCUUGGCAAAAUUGAAGCACCGCAUCUCCAUCUCCUGUCGUUGCUGCCCCUCCCUCUUCCAGGCUCUAGUCGCAUGUUUCCAGCUGCCUCCCUCCCUCCCCGUCCAGCAGUACCCCUGCAGCCCUCACUCCAGCUCCUCUUGGCAAUAACCUUUUAGGCCUUUUUUGUGGACUUUCAAGGCAUCAUUAUUUCUAUACGAGAAUGGGAUCUGUGAAUUUUCUAAAGGAUUGGAAAAAAU